AAAGAGAAGUAGAGGCAGGACAUAACACUGAGGUGAGAACACCUGGAGAACAACUGGAAAAGACCAACAGCUUUUUUCAAAACAUCAUCAUGAAGACCAUCCUUUCACUCGCUCUUCUCUUGACCACUCUCUGCCUGGUCUCUGAGGCUGUCCAAGUCCAGGAUGGAGAAUAUUCCUUCUCAUUUGAAUCGGUGAAGGUUCUUCAGCACCUUAUGGACAGCAGCUCUGUCCCCAAGCAGCAGAAUCCUCGCCUAGUCAAGACCAGCUACAGUGCAGUUUGUGGCAACCCAACGCUUCCUCAGGAGUUUACAGGGCUCUGUCAUAAUAGUGGCUCUGCCCUGGUCUUCUCCAGGCUAGCUGCGGUGCCUAUGGAUGUGUGUGAAAUCUGUGCUUUCGCUGCCUGUACUGGUUGCUAGACAUCAUUACUAUUUGUGAAGGAAUGUCUUUUUCCAUGCACACAAGUGGUAACAGACUGUUUUGGAACUGUUACAUGUUUAAAAGCACAUGUGUAAUGCCUCUUAGUCUGAAAAAUUGAUAAACUGUUUUUUUUGUUGUUGUUGUUUGUUGUUUGUUAUUUGUUACAACAUGUUUAUAUGUAUAUUUAUCAAUUUGAUGUAGUCCUAUUGUUCUAUUUCUAUUUCUAUGUGUCUUGUGUUUGCAUAGUCUUAUGUUCAUCAGUGCCUUAUAUGUGCACUAAAACACUUUCAGAAGUAUCAUGUCUUGUAGCUGUUCUUGUAAGGCUGAAAAAUAUAGUUGAUAUAAAUUAAUAUCAAAUAAACGCUUCCAUUGGUCUGAA